AUGACUGCCGACCCUGAGCGCCCCACAGCUUCAGCACGGUCCUCCGUGACCGUUGGCGAUGGCCAACACGACGUACCGGGAAUUCCCGCCAAGGAAGCCUUCAACGAUGAUUCUAAAGUUCCCUUCAUGACGGCGAGGACCUUCUUUAUGACCAUACUGGUCUCGAUGGGCGGUAUCUGCUUCGGCUAUGAUACAGGCCAAAUCAGCGGCUUUUUACAGAUGGAGGACUUCCAAUAUCAGUUUGCCGACGAUCGUGAGACACUCGAGCUUAGCGAUAUCCGCACUGGUCUCCUCGUGGCCAUGCUCUCCAUCGGAACGCUGAUUGGCGCGCUCAUCGCCGGCCCCGUUGCCAACAAUCGUCGCAUUGGUCGCAAAUACUCCAUCUGCAUGUGGUGUAUCAUAUUCUGCAUCGGCAACGUUUUCCAAAUUGCCGCACGCUACCCCGUGUGGUAUGUUAUGAUGAUUGGUCGUAUCAUCAGUGGUUUUGCUAUCGGAGGUCUUUCUGUCAUGGUGCCGGCAUAUCAAGGCGAGAGCGCUCCCACACAUCUACGAGGAGCCAUCGUCUGCUGCUAUCAACUUUUCAUCACUCUGGGCAUCUUGAUCGCAUAUCUCAUAAACUUUGGCACCGAGAGUAUCGCAGGAAGCGCUUCCUGGCGGAUUCCCGUCGGCAUAAGUUUCUUCUGGGCGCUAAUUCUCGGGUUUGGGAUCCUUUUCUUUCCCGAGACUCCUCGCCACGACUAUCGCCAUGGACAGGUCGAUAUUGCGGCGCGAAGCAUUGCCAAGUUCUAUGGUGUUAGCGAGAAGCACCAGAUCAUCCAGAAGCAACUCGAAGAAAUGCAAUACAAACUACAAAUGGAGCGCGAAGGUGGAGAGCAUUCUGUUUGGGAAGUCGUCACCGGGCCUCGCAUGUUUUACAGAACCCUCCUCGGUAUUGCGAUCCAGGCCCUCCAGCAGAUGACUGGCGCCAAUUUCUUCUUCUACUACGGCACCACCAUCUUCACUUCGGUAGGCUUGGAUGAUCCAUUUAUUACGCAAAUCAUCCUCGGCGCCGUCAACGUUGUUACAACUUUCCCAGGUCUUUACAUGGUCGAGAAGUUUGGCCGUCGGAAGUGCCUCUCCAUAGGAGCGGCCUGGAUGUUUAUGUGCUACAUGGUUUUCGCCUCGCUUGGCUACUUCGCGCUCGAGAAUCCCGAUGGCAGCAACGACCGAACUAUCGGCAUGGUGAUGAUCGUCUUCGCCUGUCUCUUCAUCGCAGCAUUUGCAUCUACAUGGGGUCCGAUGGCGUGGGCUGUAACCUCGGAGAUCUAUCCCAGCCGCUACCGCUCAGUGUGCAUCGCGCUAUGCGCCGCAUCGAACUGGUCCUUCAACUUUUUCAUUGGUUUCGCCACCCCCUUUAUCACCAGUUCCAUUUCCUUCGCCUACGGCUACGUCUUUGCGGCCUGCAACUUCCUUGCUGUGAUCCUGGUCUUCUUUUUCCUUCCCGAGACGUCUGGUCGCUCUCUCGAAGAGAUUGACACAAUGUUCUUACUGGAGGUCAAGCCGUGGAAGUCAAGUAAAUGGGAAGCGCCUCACGGCGAAGAGCUCGUAUCAGCGGAUCGUUUGCGUUUGUCGCAGGGUGGUAGGUCGAUUAGCAAGCAUCAUGAAGCUCGCAGAGCAGAUGCAGUCCAGGCGGAGAACAUUGCUGCGAAGCAGGAGCCUGCUGAAGCGAGCGGCGUACGUAGCAGUUCGUUGGCCUAG